CGCGCGCCCCCGCGUGGUAGUGGCAGUGCGCGCUCCCGCGGGGUGGUGGCAAGGCCGCGCCCUCCCCGGCCCCGCCCCCUCAUUGUCCUGCCGCAAUUUCCACCGACCCCAAGGCCCGCCCGAGCCGCCGCUCCUUUUUGCGGCUCGGGAGCACCGACGUCUGGCCGCUGGGAUUCCCCUCGUCCUCCUGCAGCCCAGGGCAGCCCCGCGGCCUCAAAGGCCCCAUCCCACCCGGCCCCGUGGAUCCUGGCACCUUCGGAGGGCUGCGCGCCGCAGGUUUCAGGUCCUCUUUGAAUUCCCUGAUGAGAAAGGAUCGGCCAAGGCCCUAUGUCCUUGCUGAGCCUAGCAGCCACGGAGUGAAUCAGGGUGGAAUGAGCCAAGAGGGAGACAGAGUAUCCCAAGGGACUUCUGACACCAGGCCUGAGGAGCUCCUCAAAUCCCCGCAUGCCCCUUUCUGGACUCCAAGGAGCAGCCUCCCAACUCCCUGGCCUGGGUGCUGUCCAAGACCUUCCAACACCUGCUCCAAGAAACAGCCCCAGGAAGUCCUGCCCACCGACAAGGCCAUCUGGUGUGCUUCACAACUCCAGCCACAGCAGAGGCGUGGCCUAUGUGGGUAACACCAUGAGGGGGCAAGACAGAGAAAGGAAAGGAGUAUGGGCAGGAGCUGGGGGAGCCCUGGCCCCCAAUACCUCCUCCCCCUUCCCCCCUGAGCCUCCGGAGGCCUCAGGCAGCAUCAUUCCGGUCUACUGUGCCCUCCUGGGCACUGUGGUCCUCGGUCUGCUUGCCUAUGUGGCCUUCAAAUGCUGGCGCUCACAUAAGCAAAGACAGCAGCUGGCUAAAGCUAGGCCUGCAGAGCUGGGGCCCCUCAGCAGGGACCAGAGGCAUGACGACAGCAGCGUCUUCCUGGACUCUCCUAGUGGUCUAGAGCCCUGUGCCUCCAGCCAGGGGGUGCCCCCUGACCUUGGCUGCCGACUUUAUCUUCACCUCCCUCGGCAGCAGCAGGAGGAAGUGGAGCGGCUCCUGGAGGUGCCAGGCGAACCUGACAAGGCCUGGCAGGGCCUGGCAGGUCAUCUUGGGUACCAGGCUGAGGCUGUAGAGACCAUGGCCCAGGGCCAGGUGCCAGCCUAUACCCUGCUGAGGGACUGGGCCAUCCAAGAGGGCAGCAGAGCUACCCUGAGGGUACUGCAGGAUGCCCUGGCUGCCAUGGGCCGGGAAGAUGUCGUUCGGGUCCUGGGAUCCCCAGGGGAGGGCUGCUCUGUGGUGUGAGUGAUGUCCCCACAGCCUGCUCUGCUGGAUCCCUACCACCCCUGCCUCCCCGGGGCACAACUUCCCUUCACUGGCUUCUAGCGUUGCGGGCUUUGGGUUGCGCUGUUCUGGGGAGAACACAGGAUCCAGCAGCAACCCACAUCCCCCUUGUGCCACCAGGACAUGGAGGGGAGUAGGCAGUGAGGGGCAAUCCUGCCCUCCCAGUCCCCACAGCGCCUCCCCUUAGCCAGCCUCAACUACUUUUGCUACUUUUGUAUCCUAUAUUAAAGGUGACUUUGGACUUUU